GGGUGGUUCAAGCUUAGAUAGCUCCAACAGAUGCAACAAGCUCUCCUGGUGCAGUGUAGAUACCCCGGUCCGGCAACUUCCGUCUGCGCCUAUUGCAUCGAUUGCAGCUUCUCAAAUCACUCCACCAUUCUAGAAUUUAUAGAUAUUCGUCUCGUUCUCACUGAACAUUACAUAUUUGUAGACAUUUUGAGUUGCUUCUCAUAAUUCAUUAUAAGGCGUGCCGACAAACCAACUCAAUGUCUCGCCCAGCAAAGUUAACACUCCUCGGCACUUCACUCUUCGCCGCCGGCACUAUAGUCUUCGUACAUUAUGCGCAGACGGCCGAGAAAGCUGCAAUGCACGCAGGCGUAAUCCGAGAUAUGGAACAACAGCGCAUAAAAAAAGAGCGCCAGUUAGAUUUCGAUUUGCAGCGGGCGAUGGAAGAAGAAUAUAGGAAGGUGCAGAAUGUUAGUGAUGGGACUACGAAAUGAUAUACCUCUGCAACUUCAGACAAGUAUAGAUGUUAUGUUUAGGGAUUACGAAUUAUGGUACUCGUUUGAACAAUGAACGAGAGAUGUAUAUUACAAACAUGGGUACACGGCAACAGAAGUUACGGAUCAAUAUGUAUGAGUAGGAACAGGAAGUUAUAGAGGGAGUCCUAGAGUACAUCUAGCAAUCAGUUCUAUGAUUGGAGCAUGUAGGCAUGGAUGGCAUGAUUUAAGGAAUAUAUUAACUCCUGUACAAAUGGACCAUGAAGAUGAUUCGAUAUGAACUUCGAAGAGAACUUUCACAAAAACAAAAGAGAUCAAGCCACACCAUCGAU